AUGUAUGGUCUAUCCUCCACGAGGCAAUUCUCCCUUACCAUGCGCAGGAGCGCUAGGCUUGCGCGCAGAGGCGAUGCUCGCGACGUUGAUGAAUUUCCUGAUGUGGAAUUCAACGACAUGUUUCUUAACGCCUUUCCUGAAGUCAUGACCGACGAAGAGCCUGACCAUGGACUCCUCAAGCCACGAAUAUAUAACCCGCAGUCUUCAUCCUGGGAGCCUCAUAGCAAUCAAGACAUAACACACAAGAAGGGAGAUCUCUUGAAGGUUGUAUCAUGGAAAUUGUUUCCAUCUGCUUCAAGCCUUGCAGCCGUUCGUGCCUCCGCCGCCAUCGAUCAUCUACGGAACAUGUUUGGCCAAAAGCCUGACAACCUCGUGGUAAUGCCACAAGAGAUCAGGGAAGAAUCACUAGACGCUAUCCUGAAGAAUGAAUGGGCUCAACAAAACUUCAUUCUCUCAGACACGGAGCCACCAUACAGCGAGUAUAAAUUUGAUCAAUUUGAUGAUUUUGAUGAGGGAAAAGGCGACCUGGAAUCCAAUCAAUGUUUCUCCAUGACGAUGGUUUCGCGAAAUUUGCCGAUAUCAAACUGCUCUCGGGUCUCAUUUUUCUCUGGAACGAAUUGCGAUGCCCUUGUGGUUGACGUUCCUGUGUCCGAGUCCGAGGGCCAUGGUCCCAAGAUAUCAAAACAGUCACUUCGCCUAUGCACGACGCGCCUUGAGCCAAACUAUAGUAACCCGGAUCUUCGUCGCUCCCAGCUCGUUACAGUCUCUGAGCUAUUGAACGGCAAAUGGUCGCAGGGACAACAAACCUUGGGCGGACUGGUGGGUGGCAACAUGGGUCCACUUGCUGUGUCUGAGAGACAUAUCCACCGAGAUCCUGAGAUAGGCUUGAUGAAUGUCUGGGAAAAUAGGCCAGCACCGGUGCCACCAACCGUAAAGCCUUCCCGAAACGAUGAACGUUCUAAAGCCAGAGCAGAUGCAUGGACUUUCCACCCGGACAGGAAGAGGCACGAAAGAAAGCUGGACAAGUUUCUCUACAUAGGGUCCAUUGAGACGGUUACUUUAGAUGAAGCUGAGAAUAAAACCAGAAAAAUGGGCCGCUUUGGAAGGGAUUGGAAAACCCAAGCUGGGUCAAAGAAGGUCUGCGUCAGCGAACACAGUGGUAUUAUGGUUGGUAUCAAGGUUGCAUGA